AAAAGGCUGCAGGGCUCACGCACUAAAACUCACCCUGUACAGUCAAAGUGAGCGAGCCGGGUGUCAAGAACAGGAUCAAGAAGAAGAGCCGUGGCGUGAAACGAAGCUGGCUUUCUCUCGUCACGAGUUUUCGAGAACGACGCCGAUCUCUCCCCGCGGAUAACUAAUAUGUUCGAGAGGAAAUUACGGGCUCUCGGCUACUUGGAGUGGGACAAAGUCAACGGAAACAACCCUCAGCAUCUCAGAAAGGUGAUUGUAUGGUUGGAAGAUCAGAAGAUACGUCAUUAUACCAUAGACGAUCGCAACAGAUUGAGGGACAUUACCUCUCAGGAAUGGCCAAGCAUCUUCGAAAAGUACUGUAACGACGUCAAGUGUCCGAUAACUAAGAACGAGCUCGAUCAGCUGGAGUGGUUCAUAGGACACGCAAUUUCUCUAGAGUUUGGUGAUGACCACGAGAAAUAUCAGCGGGUUGUAGGGAGUAAGGCGAAGGACAAGAAGGAAGUACAAGUGCCUAGUAUCAAGUCCACGAAUCCUCUGGACAAUUUAAAUUUUGACAGUGAUGCUUUCAAGAACGGAGUUAAUUUAAUAGCCAGGUUACUGAACGUACCGAAGCACUCUGAUCAUCUCAUAACGCUACAGGCGUGCAGCAAACUCGUGUGUAACAAGUUGAACGCGGACGCCAUCAAGCAACCUAACAACGCCAUCAAUUCCAAGGGUAAAUCCCAGACGAAGGUUAUAGGGCCUGGCUUUAACAUGGGCGACGCGAUGUUGGACGAUGCUGCCAAAGGUCUCUCUUUGUUGUACAUUCAAGAUCUCAGGAAUCUCCAGACGAAGAUCAAUGAAACGAUAGUCGCUGUGCAAAAUGUAACGGCAAAUCCGAAAACGGACACCAAAUUAGGAAAAGUUGGCAAAUAGAAUGGCGGUUCGUUAACAUUUUGUAUUGCAAAAAGUAUUUGAUACCUUAAAGGAGGAAUAUAGACUAUCAUAUUAGCAGAAAAUUUGAUGUCGCGCACGCGUCUCGAAGCAAUCUCAAAUUGAGAACGUUUGCACUAUAAAACGAGAUAUUCCUGGAAUUUAAGUGUUAAUAUAUUAUUACUUCGUGCCAAAUCUGCGGAUACAUUUCGAUUUUGCCAGCAAACGCAGUGUAACAUUUGUUUCUCUCUUGUACAAAAUCGGUAUAUUAUUUAAGUAUGGUCUUGCUAGUGUAAUGAAAAAUACUUUAUAUCUGCAAAUAAAAAUCAUUAAUUUAUACAUAAAAACUGUCGAUUAGAGUAAUACAUUUUAAUCACAUCACAUUAGAGUAUACGAGUAUCGAGCAAUAAAUAUAAAUUGAAUUCCAAUUCGUUUCCAAUUCUUGGCGAGCAUCUCAAAUUAUGAAAGCUACUUUGUACCAGAAUUGUUUAUUAUCAUGAAUGUCCAAGUACUCUAUAAUGUAAUUGGACUAUGUUUGCGGAAAAACAUUCUUUAGAAGAAUAAAAUAGAAAUUUAUUCAAUAUUUAGGUUGUGUACGAGCUAUCUUUUAGAUUGUUCGCCAAGAUAAAUUUGUUCCUUCGUAAUUAUGUGGUAUUUCUAUAGCCGUAAUGUGAUAACAACUAAACAGAUGGAGCUAAAAUCCUGUGAGAUACAUACUUAAUGGAAAAAUGAAAAGGACUGCCUCCCACACUAGUGAACACUUUAUUGAAAAAUCUAUAUAUUGUGUAUAUAUUCAUAUAUAUAUCUGAACAUUUUUAUCCGAUACAUAUCUCGUAGGAUUUAAAAAAGGUUGUUGGAAAAGUGUAUGUUAUUGGUCGCAUAAUUGUUACAACGUAAUUUUAUACAACACACCUGAACAGAAAACAAAUUACGAAUUAUACGUAAUAACAAUAAAUGAGCUUCUUGUAAAUGCGUAUACGUCCAUCCGUCUGUGAAAUUAUCUGUUCGUAAUUUCCCUGCGUUUAUAAUAUACUUCAAAUUUAUUUAUAUAGUAUCGGAAUCCAUUAAAUAUAAAUUACUGUAAUAUGUAUGAGAAGAUACGCACGUGGAUAUACGUGUAUAUAGGAAUGUAUAAUAAACCACCUCUUUCACAUACUCAAAACGUUUCAGAGACACUGAAAGGCGGUAUGUUUAUUUUAGAUUUAAAGAAAAGUACUUUGCUAGCAGGUAUAAGUAAAAAAUAAUUUAUUAGAAAUAUUUAAAGAAGAUUCGCCAUCUAAAAUAUAAUAACUACAGGAAGAUAGUACUUCUUUUUUUAUGUUUUCCAGUAGCUCUGUCACGUCAUAGGCGAGUAUAAUAUAUAACAGUACUGACAAAUCUUUCAAAAUAGUAGAAAGCGUAUUUCUAUUUACAUAUUAUCGAGAAUUGUAUUAUUUUCAAGUCCAAUAUUAAAAGUAUAUUGUUCAUGAAAUGUACAUACGUAGUGGCAAGCAUAAAGCAUACAUCUGCUAUUGACUAUAUUCAUUAAUUGUCAAUGCAUUCGUACAUGUUGUAGACAUUUGACAAUAUAUUGUAGUUCUGCUUAUUGUAA